AUGGAAGGCUUAGUGGAUCCAGAGACAAUCUAUAUGAAGCAAAAUUGCAUUGGAGGUGGAAGCUUCGGACGUGUCUAUAAAGGACUCGACAGACGCAGCGGCGAUUCUGUCGCGAUUAAGAUCAUCGAUGUGGAAAAUGCUGAAGACGAGGUCGAGGACAUUAUUCAAGAAAUCGCUAUCUUGUCGGAACUAAACUCCCCCUACGUCACUAAAUACCAUGGCUCGUUUUUAAAGGGAUCGAGCUUAUGGAUUGUCAUGGAGUUUUGCUCCGGCGGUAGCUGCUCCGACUUGAUGCGUGCAGGGAAACUCACCGAGGACUAUAUUACGAUCAUUCUAAGAGAGCUCCUACGAGGGCUAGACUACCUACACAGCGACAAGAAACUGCAUCGUGAUAUCAAAGCUGCAAACAUCCUUCUCACAGCCAACGGUCAAGUAAAAUUGGCAGAUUUUGGGGUUUCCAGUCAGCUUUCGGCCACAAUGACAAAGAAAAAUACGUUCGUGGGCACUCCUUUCUGGAUGGCACCGGAGGUGAUAAAACAAUCAGGCUAUGAUUACAAGGCCGACAUCUGGUCCCUAGGGAUCACAGCCAUUGAGUUGGCCAACGGGGAGCCUCCUUACUCGGACAUCCACCCUAUGAAGGUGUUAUUUCUCAUUCCUAAAAACCCGCCUCCUACUUUGCACGGUAAUUACAGCAAAGCUUUCAAAAGCUUUGUCGAACUGUGUUUGCGCCGAGAUCCUCGAGAGCGACCCUCUGCAAAGGAACUGCUAGAACAUCCUUUCAUAAAACGGGGACGGAGGACAACGUAUCUGACAGAGCUCAUUGAGACCUACGAGCGCUGGAAUAUGAAGAACGGCAACAAGAACGCCGAUGAUGACGAGGACUUUCUACCCGAGCCCUCCUCGCACACCCCAAGGACCGAAGAAGAAGAUGACCUUUGGGACUUCGGUACUGUUCGCCCUGUUGGACGACCACCAGGAUUGAAGCCGAUGAAGGAGACAGACGUGAAUACCCGCGAUCGUGAAACAACCGAGUGGGAUUUGAAAGACGUACCUCAGAAGGGACCGACCCAUGCCAUUCCGCAGAGGCCGAUGUAUACGAAAGACGUUCGAGCUCCUGCACCACAGACCUCACCAACUAAAGUCCCACUACCGCCAUCACCAGUGAAACAGUCACCCGCAGAAAGUUCACCCCAGACGCCUUCUCGCCUUCAGAGGCCGGUUCCUCAACAUGCUAGGGAAAGCCCUGGUAGUGAUUAUGACAAAGCGCUGCAAAAGUCCCUUGCGCAGGAUCUCUCUUUCUUGCAGCUCGAAAGUUCCCCAAAGGCCCCCGCGCCUGCGCCGAACUAUCGAAAUGCCGCACCAGUCAUGCACGAAUCUAAACCUCUGUCGACGAAAGCGCCCUCACAACCCACGCAACCCAUCCGGAAUAUCCCAGACCAGCACCAAAGGUCAGUUCUGGAAUCACGCCCUCACCAUCAAUUGCCUCCUCAACCACAGCCGCGCCCUCUACCGACUCCACGGCACAUUUCACCCCAGCCGAAUCCGCAAAGGCCUCAGCAAUUCCCCCUGCGUGAACCGCACCCACCCGCUGCCAAGCAAAAUUUCCAUCAGCUGCAUCAAACAAUCGACGCCAGUUUACAAAGUCAGGAAGGCACAAUGCCGUCGGGUGAGGUGACGGCAUUAAACAGUGUCAUCCUGCCUGCUCUCAAAGCGGCCACCCGUCGUCGUGCCCGUCGCCUGGAACUUCUCUCGCGCAACAUGCCCCCGGAAGGAAGUGAAAACCGAAUGGAUUCCUUUGAGCUUCAGUCCCGGCGAGAGUAUGUCCACGGAAUGAUAGAAUCUAUGGUCAGCGAUUUGAGCGGCAUGUUUGCCCGUAUUGAGCGCUGGGAUAACGAAGCUCCCAUCGGAAUGGGAGCGCAUGUCAACUCGUUUCUGGAAGGGUUCCUCGAAGAGGUUCUCGUUCGGAUCGAGCCUGACGAAGAAUCAACUUCGACAAGACAAUAA